AUGUCGACCAACUCUACGGGUACGAACGAUGGACUGAAGGAGAGUUUGGAUGUGAAGAGGAAUUUGGGUAGGAACGGGAACAGUGAUCUGGAGAGGAGUUCGGAGAAGUUGAACGAGGUCUGCUUUGAGGAUGCGUUUGAGUUGACUGGGCACGGCAAGUUCAAUCACCUGGUGUUGCUGACAUGUGGCCUGAUCAUGCUGAACGUGUCCAUGGAAUCAGUCGGAAUGAGCUACGUCAUCACUGCUGCUGAGUGCGAACUGGAACUGACCAGCGAACACAAGGGACUGGUAAAUGCUGCUGCUUUUAUUGGUAUAAUCUCGACCUCCUUUUUAUGGGGCUACUUGGGGGAUAGGUUCGGACGUCGAGCGGUGAUGCUACCUUCUAUGGUGGCAUCAGCAGCCUUGUCUAUCACUUCCUCAUUCUCUACCAACGUCUGGAUGUUACUGGUCUUACGGAUACUCACUGGAUGUUUAGUGUCUGCCUCAAGUGCAACAGUGUAUGCCUACUUAGGGGAGAUGCACACUGGCUCUCGUAGGGCCGCAGCCAUCGCGUGGGGCUCUGCCUUCAUAUCAUUCUCCUUCAUCAUACUACCAGGUCUAGCGUGGCUGAUAAUUCCUGGACAGUGGUCUUGGUCACUCUUCGGCUUCAGAAUCGUACCCUGGAGGGCGUUCAUCUGGUCGUGGUGUGCUCCGGGCCUUUUGGCCGCCGUAUUAUUAUUCUUGUUGCCAGAAAGUCCCCGAUACCUCCUAUCAGCGAAGGGUCCAGAAAAGGCGUUGCCAGUUUUGGCUAUAAUGUACUCGUAUAAUAAAAACGCUGGCGAAAAUAAUUUUCCGGUUGAGAAAAUUAUCACGAGCAGUCUGGAGUCAAGAUCUGGUGGUUUCGUGGGAGCCGUGAAGAACAUCUCUCUACUUUUCAGACCACCUCUACUCAAAUGCGUCAUCAUAUCCCACAUUUCAAUGUUUGCUGUUUUUAUGCUGUCUAGCGGUUUGUACGUUUGGGUUCCCGACAUACUAAACAGCAUGCUUAGUAACACAAGUGAAAAAAGCGUCACCAUUUGCGAGAUCAUACACAAUAAGUUCCAAACUGCUAGAAAUGUUUCGCUUGCAAUACAACAAGGGCCGUGCAAGACCCACGUUUCCACGGCCGUAUUUUCCAUAUCAAUGGGAAUGGGAGCCGUUUUUGCUGUCACGUACAUGGCAAUAGGACUGUUUAUCACAAAAGUUGGCAGAAAGACGUUCUAUUGCAGCAUAAUGUUUGUCUGCGGUCUAGCCACUAUAGGAUCAGCAUUCGUCCCGCAAGGCGGUGCAGCAACAGCACUGCUAAUCUUAGCUCUGUGUGCUGGUUGUGCUGCUUCUAUAUUAGCUGCUAUUGCUGUUGAUGUCUUUCCUACUUGUUUACGGGCAAUGGCGAUAUGUGUAAUGUAUAUGGUAGGUCGAACAGGAGCGGCAGUGGGUUCGAAUAUCCUCGGAGCCACUCUUGACAGACAUUGUCAAAUGGCGUUCAGUGUCUUCGGUGUCUUCACUGCUGGAUCCGUACUGCUUAUGCUUUUCUGGCCGAAACCAGAGAAGAUAAGAGAAGCAAUGGAACAAAAGGGAUUAUCUUUUUAA